GCAUGUGUGUAUGUGAGUGUGUGUGUGUGUGUGUGAGUGUAUACACGCGCGCGGGGGUUGCCACCGCCCAAAUCCGCUCCCGGGCAGCGCGACUUUCACAGGUUAGAAACGCUGAGCAACAAAAGAAAAAGGAGUCGAGCGUGAGGCUCUGCGCCAGUUUCGGAGAAGUUACGAUUCCUUUCACCCCAGAUCCGAGUGUGUGAUAAUAAUUCUCUGUGGACUGUCUGGUUCACCUUUUCUGAGCCAAGACUCGGGGGCUUGGAGUGACCCUCCUGCCGUUUCCAUGCCACAUAAUCUCGCAAUAAGGAAGGAAGGCGGCUUGGGUCGUUCCCAGGUAAUCCAGCGGAAAAGGUGAGCUCCUUGGGAAAGGACUGGCAUAAAUUUUGUCUCAAGUGUGAGCGUUGCAACAAGACUCUGACACCUGGAGGGCAUGCAGAGCACGAUGGGAAGCCGUUUUGCCACAAGCCCUGCUAUGCCACGUUGUUUGGGCCUAAAGGUGUAAACAUUGGGGGUGCAGGAUCUUACAUCUAUGAAAAACCACGGGCAGAGGAGGCUCCUGUCACUGGCCCUAUUGAGCACCCAGUUCGAAUAGAGGAUCGAAAAGCCAGUGGCCCUUCCAGAGGGCCCAGCAAGGCAUCCAGUGUCACGACCUUCACUGGGGAGCCCAACAUGUGUCCUCGGUGUAACAAGAGGGUCUACUUUGCGGAGAAGGUGACAUCCCUGGGAAAGGAUUGGCACCGGCCUUGCCUUCGCUGUGAGCGUUGUGGAAAGACGCUGACACCUGGUGGACAUGCAGAGCAUGAUGGACAACCAUAUUGCCAUAAACCUUGCUAUGGAAUUCUUUUUGGACCAAAAGGAGUGAACACUGGGGCAGUGGGGAGCUACAUCUAUGACAAAGAUCCUGAAGUUAAAGACCAGCCCUAGGAGGUCCUGACCCUCCCAUGUGAUGUCCAGCCUCUUAUUCCCAAUUCUUCUAGAAGAAUCAGCACAUCACACUAUUGCCUACACAAGAAAUUUUGUUCUAGGGGGUACAAAUAAUUUGGCUGAGAUCUGUCUGGUGCUCCUCUUCCACCAUUCUCACUGUGUCUCCUACUACUUCUCUCUCUCUCUCUCUCUCUCUCUCUCUUUCAACCUGUUUUGAUUUAUCCCUCCUCACCUCUCUUUCUGAUCACCACUCUUCCCUGAUCUUGUCUCUAUGUCUAUUACUCCUUUUCUCUCAUUCUCUUUGUUUUUGUCGCUGAGAGGCCAUAGGUCCUACUAUCUAUAUUCCACCACCACUACCACCCAGCAUCCUAUACUUCAUAUUCAUUUAUGGAAAGAUAUGGGUUCUGCCUUCGCUAAAGACAAAUCCUUUGUUCCACACAGUGUUACUAAACAGCUUGUGGCAGAAUGUCUAUUCUAAGAGCCUUCUGCCCUCAUUUCCCAAUAAUGCACCAUAGGUCCUAUGGCUUGGCCACUUAGACCUUCACAUUUAACCAGACACUAAAGCUGCUUUGACUUUUGCUGUCAAUAAAGGUUUUGAGAAUCAAAA